UUGAAUGCAGUUCAGGAAAAGCGGGGCGAAAAUAUUAAUCAGUUGAGGCCUCAGUGAAACGCAACAAUUGUCAUUGAAUAGAGAAUGUAAAGGAGUAGAAAAAAGUUUCUCCAAAUAAAGUUAAAUUUCGCUCGAACGAUUAUCUGCGAAACCGCGACGGAAAUCCACGAAGCAUUUAUUCGUUCCAAACAUUUGCAGCUUAUGGCAAUGAAACUUUAUUUAUAUACAUAUAUUUAUAAUAGGAAAUUAAUUUGUGUGUCAGUGAAAGGCUAUGAGAGCCAGAUAUUUGUGAAUAUGUCAGAUGAAUUAGUGCAUAUGUAAUGUGCAAUACUUUGUGCUUUGCAAAUGAAAAAAGAGUUAAAGCAGCUUGUCGUUAGCGUUUUUAAACGAAAUAAAACAUAGUAAAUCAAAACCAAAUGUGAAAUAUUUCUUCUAUGAGAUGAAAAUUUAUUUUGUUAACGAUACAGUGUGAACCCCUUAAGCGAUUAUAUGCAAAUAUAUGCUGAACUAACUGCAAGCGAUAGUCCAAUUUCAAUUCCAAUGUGUAAAAUAUUAGCUUACAAAACGAGAUUCGGUAAAGGAUUUCCGGAGUAAUAACAGCUAACCCCACCACCGUUAUCGCCUACUGCUAUGGAUCGCGUUAGUGAAGUAAAAUUGUUGCUUGUGGCUAAAAAUACGGCAGCAACAGUCAGCAACACUUUACUGAGCACUUGAGGAGCAAAUCUUGGUAGCCUCAAAAUCAUAUCCUCAACAAACAGACGGAAAACAUAAGCACAGGCGAAGUACAACAUUACAUAAAGUGCAAAGAAAACUCCAGAAACCACUAAACAUUCCAAACAAGUGGGCUGUUCUAAGAAAAGCGAUAGAAAUGUGCAUCAACACGCAGUCGUGGCCCGUGGUUGUCGCCUACGUCUUGCUUUGUUCCUCUCUGCUCGUCUCCAGCAUUCACUCGACACCUAUUUCUGUGAAAGGUAAACUCGACUCCGCACCCUGUGUCCACGAUAGCAUCUCCGAGUUGAUCAAAAAGAGCCCGGUCAUACUGAAAGCUCUUGGUGCACAUAUCUUCACAGAGGACGCCACCACCAAUGAAUUACUAAAUGCAGCGAAAUUGGGCGCUGCUGCAGAUGGAGGUAGCGCUGUCAAUGGCGAAGUAAAAAAGCAGAAUUUGCAAAAUAAUUUGUUCGCAUCAGCAACAUUUCACACAACCGUUGGCAGUCCAACGGCCGUCGCAGCAACAACCCAGCAACGGCCAUCGGACAUCUCCAUUACUGGAGCGACAGCUACUACAGAAGCGGCUACAGCGGACUGGGCCAGAAAGCUGGACGGGGCCAUUUUAAUAACUUUAACACCGGAAACGAUAUACAAAGGCGCGUCACUUUUGAAAAUGACACCCGAAGCGGAGAAUGCAGCACGUGGAGGAAGCGGUGGCGGAGGUAACAACGGUAGAGGAGAUGGCAGUGGCAUAGGCCGUAGUAGCUAUGGCCCUGGAUAUGGCAGCGCAACAGCCGAGUCUGCAUAUCAGUAUGAAGGGCAGCUAAAUGCAACACUCAAGCCUUUGUCCUGCUUCGAUGGCAACCUUUUGAAAAGUCUACCCACUGAAUUAAUUGUUUUUGGCAAAUUGAGAACUGCACAGCAGCAACAACAAUUACCAAGCGAAUUGAAUAUAGCUCCACAAACUGACUUUUUGUCCAUAAGCAUAAAUGGUUUACAUCGUUGGAGUCCACAAUUUGAGAAUCACAUCUGGAAACAUUUGGGCUGGGAUGAUUGGAGCGAUUUUACGCUUUGCAGCGUUACAUGCGGCAAAGGUGUACAACAACGAUUUCGCCGUUGUCUGCUCGAUAAUCCGAUGGUGAAUUUCAACAUGCACCUAAACUUGAACGCGGCAGCUGACGCUGAGGCGGACGAUGACGAGGUCGCAGUUGACGGGCUGAGCAGUGCAGGCGUUGAAAAUACCGAAUCGCUAGACAAUACAUUCGGAGGCUUCAACAGCGCAGAAUUUGAUGCUGCGGCAAUGAUGGACACAAAUGGCAGCGACAAUUUACAGCUGCGAAAACGGAAAACAACCCUGAAAGUUUCCGCUGAAUUUGAAACUACUUCGGAGGUUGCUACAGUAGCAGAAAUUGCGACAUCAAAAGAGCAAUCAGACCACGAUAUUAAUGCGGUGCCCAAAGCUAAUUUGCUGAAAAGACUAACUCUGCGAGCCACUGCACCGCCAGUAGCAUACGACGGAAAAACAUCUAAAACCAAUAAGAUUGACCGAGUAGAUUAUUCCAGAGGCAAAAACAAAGACAAUAUCGAAGUAUUGGUGCAACAGUUCGAAACUAAUCUCCGAGUAAAUGAAGCCAGUUUUCUCAACAAUAACCACCUGAAAGUAAAUGACAAAUUUUCAAAUAAGGCAACCAAGGAUGUAGUUAACAAAAAAACUGCAAUUGAAAUGCAACCGAAGAAUAAAACGGAACGUCAGAGUAAACGCCGUAGGCCAAUGAAAAACUAUUCCACUAUGUUUUGUGAAGGUUACAACAUAGAACAGCGAAAUUGCAACACUUUCGAUUGCAGCGAUGACAUAAACGACUUAUUAAAGUUUUAUAAAAAGGUCCCUAUGCCGGAGGAUGCUGCAAGCCCCGCUACAGUUUCAUUGCAGUCGCCUGCCGGAACGGUUGAUGGGCAAACCACAUUAAUAGCUACCGCGGUGGAAUCAGCAUCCGUGACAGCUAACUUGCUUGGCAAUGCGGCUACAACAGGCGCCACAUCAGCUACUAUUAACAGAGAUGCCUCCAUUUUGGACGCUGAUAUCAGAGCUUCUGGCAGCGGUGCGACAAAUGCAAAUGCUGUUGGCAGCACCUUAACUAUUGGCAACAAUGCACCUUCGACGACGCCAGCAAAUAUGGGCUACAUACGUAGUUGGCGGAAUCCGCUGAACUUUACGAUAAUGCUAACCUUGCGAGUUCGAAAUGACAGUAAAGCCACAACGACAAUUUUCUCCAUACGCAACGCCACCCACAAUAUGUAUUUGGAAUCAUGCAAGGACGGUCUGCGAUUGUAUCUAGAGCGAGACGGCACCACUGAAAUGCUGCCAGUGAAAUUUAAUUUAUAUGAUUUUCGUUGGCAUCAAGUGGCCAUCAGGGAUUUUGUUUUUAUUUCAAUGACGGUAUUGUGUGAGGAGGAUCGGGCUUAACUCUAAGGUUCGCCUUUUGUUUUAGGUUUAAGUAAAACCAUACCGAAGGUAAUGCUUCUUUAAGAACUAACUAAACAAAUAUUUGAGUUAUCCGAAUAUGUGCCUUAUUGAGCAACAGAACAUUGAGUUCUCCAAAAAGAAUACAAAAUAAGCGAAACAUGAAGGAAUUCAAAAUAUGGGUUCAUAACAAUUAACGACAUUAUCUAAGCUUUGGAAAAAUAUUUAUGGUUUUUUGGCAAACAUACGUAUGUAUGUUUAAUGCUGUACCUAAUGACAUAUGUAUGUAUAAUGAUAAUAUGACCAUCGUCUAUCUGUUUUACAAAAUUCAUCAUAUUAUUCCUUACACUCACUUCUUGCGUUCAUAGAAAUAGGCUUUACGUAUGCAAAAUAAAUGAAUGAAGUAAGGUGGGGGCAUUUUGCUUUUGCUAUACCCAAAUCAGAUGCGCAUUAUGUGAAUAGACGACGCAUCAGUCGAUUCAAGAGCAUACAAAAACAUUGAACAGUUCGACAUACCAAAUGUUUAUUGAAAUUGUAUAAAUUGUUAAACUGUUAACACUGUUUCGCGCCGCUUCUUGCCUUUAUACAUACGUAUGCCAUGCACACACUCUCUUCACACUGCCCAUAUUCACAACCGCUAUUGGAGUGUAUAAACACGGCGGACUUUUUGUUUUUGUUUCUCUGUUGUAAGAUUUGCUUUCCUGCAUCUAACUGUUGCACAAAUUGACCUUUUGUGUUGCAAUGCAAGCGAUUUUUUAUCGUUUCAAGUUUAAUUUUAUUUCGCACCCUUAUAAGCACAAGUACAUAUGCAUAAAUUUGCAGUCCUUUCAUAUGGUUUUUGUUCGACUUUAAAUUACAAUUAUCUCUUUCGCUUUAUUAUUGCAUGCGUACAUCCUUCCCGCACUUGCCACGGACAUAA